AUGUCAAAGGAUUCCACAACCAUUUCAUCAACUGAAUGGUUUAAGUAUAUCACUGGUGUUUCUGAACAAGAAUUUAUCGACUCCAAAUCGAUUCAAGUCCACACCAAUUCUUCCAAAUACACCACACCCGAGUUGAUUAUAACCAACUCCAAGACUCAUGAAGAUUAUUCAUGUGGAUCCUUUGAGUUGCUCUCUCUCAAAGAACUUCGCAAAUAUUCGACUUCCUCCGACGUUCCAUCGACCUUUGAGAUAUACAUUCGUCAGACUCCUUCCUCACUCGACCGUGUUGAAGUCUCCUCCAUGCAAUUAACUCCCGAAUUCAAAAAUUCGGUCUUUUUAGUUGCUUCGAACUUCAAUGCUGUUGAGAGUGUUUCUGAGAGUAUUUCCCCCGAGAGUCCAAACUUCGCGACUAACUACGUCUACGACAGAACACAAGGCCCAAUAGCUUCUCUUGGUGCUCCCGCCGCAGCCAUCUGUCGAGUUCACUUUCCCUUUUAUGAUCACAAAAUCGACUCCUCGAGGUGGGGGCAGACAGACGGACACCAAGUCGAAAUUCUUGGGAAUAUGAAGAGUAAAAUUCCUGUGGUGAAUGGGUAUCCCCUUCUUGCAAAAGAGAAGAAAAUAACUGAAAGUGAUGCGGAGAAUUAUGUUGCGGCGAUCCACAGCAAUGUCACUGCUAUGAUGAAAAUUGGAAGCGGAAAGAUAGAAGUCGUCGAACACCAGAAAAGACAGAAGAUCGACCAGGUCUUUGCUGCGGCUAUUAAUAUCGGACAAGGAAAAAGCGGAUAUGCCAAUUUCGAUAUUGCAGAGAAGGAAAUGUCGAUGGUCGAAGUGCCACUGAAAUGUGGUUAUGAAGCGGCGUAUUUGACUGCUAUGAAGAACAAAAGAGAGAAUGUAGUGUUAACUAUGCUUGGAUGCGGAGUGUUUGGAAAUGACACGGAAAUGGUCUGUGAAACUAUCAUAGCAACACAUUUGAAAUAUGGAGUAAAAAUGAACGGAAGCAUCAGAAGAGUCGUCGUGCCUUUGUUCCCAAUUGGAGGAGGUGAGACACUUCAAAUAUUCGAAAAUUUGUUGAAAAAGAAUAAAAUCAAUUACCAGGUUAAGGUCUUCUUUGAAUAA